AAACAGCUUUCGCCUGGUGUGUGUUUAGUUUACAUAUGAAGCGUUAGCGUAUUGCAAAAUGUCGGGAUCUAAGUGUACCGGCAGGCAGUCUUUAGAGCUAUUGAGAACCCUACCACGUGUCUCUUUAGCAAAUCUGAGACCCAACGAUGGCGCUGCAAAAGAAGCAAAGAGGCGUGGCCGUGGCAUUCAUGGAGGUAAGAAAAGUGGAAGGGGUCACAAAGGGCAGCGACAACGAGGAACCAGACCAAGACUUGGAUUUGAAGGUGGCCAGACACCAUUUUAUCUUGUUAUACCCAAGUAUGGGUACAAUGAAGGGCACAGUUUCAGGCGUCAGUACCAGCCUCUGAGUCUUAACAGGCUGCAGUAUCUGAUUGAUCUCGGACGAUUAGACCCUGCUCAACCAGUUGACCUAACUCAGCUUGUGAAUUGUAGAGGUGUUACAGUACAACCAAAUAAAAGGGAUUAUGGUGUACAGCUGGUAGAGGAGGGUGCUGAUAUUUUCACAGCAAAAGUGAACAUUGAAGUGCAGUGGGCAUCAGAGCUCGCAGUUGCUGCUGUUGAAAAAAAUGGCGGUGUUAUCACAACAGGAUUUUAUGAUCCAAGAAGUUUAUCUAUCCUUUGCAAGCCUGUGCCUUUCUUUCUUAGAGGACAACCUAUACCAAAACGUAUGCUUCCUCCAGAAGAUCUGGUCAAGUAUUAUACAGCUGCUGAAACCCGAGGAUACCUUGCAGAUCCAGCUAAGAUUCAGGAAGCAAGACUUGCACUUGCCAAGAAAUAUGGCUACACUCUCCCGGACAUUACUAAAGACCAACUUUUCAUUAUGUUAACAACACGCAAGGAUCCUCGUCAGAUAUUCUUUGGCCUUUCACCAGGCUGGGUAGUGAACAUGGCUGAAAAGAAAAUUCUCAAACCAACUGAUGAGAGGCUCAUCAGAUAUUAUACAUCAUGAAUUAUGGGUGCAGACAGUGCUAAGGACAGUUUUGCAAGAAUUUGAUUGCUUCACUAAGCCAGAAGCAUCUGCAUUUAAUUGCUGAACAGUUUGGAAGAAUGUGUGAAUGUAGCACAGGUGCUACAGUGACAAAUUGAGUAUUAUGUACAUCAGAGACACUUUUCACAUAUAUUGGUUACCUGGUAACUCACAGUAAAAAUGUUUCAGUCCAUCAAA